AUGCGAAUAUACGAGCAACAACAGGGGCCCUCGGCCUUCCAUGAGGAGAAGGAUGUCUACUCCCGACACGAUGAUAAGGAACUGUUCGAGGUUGUGUUUAGCAUUCCUGUCUCACACGAAGGAGCCGCGUAUUUCUGGGAAUUGGGUUCCUCAAUAAUACAGCCCGGAUGGGAGGAGGUCUUUUCCCGGUUCCCUGAUCACUUACACUGGCUAGUAGCGGAGGUGAUUGAGCCCCUCAUGUCUGGCUUCACCUCUAGAUGCCCCGCACACUAUAACCAUGCUCGACAAUAUACAUGGGACCUGAUUCUCGAAACUGCUCAAGAACUAGGUCCUCAGAAAUACGUUAGACGUCCUCACCCGUACGGAGCUAUCGGCGAUGGUCGUCCUCGCCCAGGAACGGGCCCUGCAUCUUCCUCACCUUCUCCCGCAGAAGCAACCACGUCUCCUCCUCUUCAUCAUCUAACAUACCAGGAGCUUGUGGUAUCUUCUGUUCCUGAUAUUAUAGAAGAGGAACCCUCAAGACCUUCCUCGCCUUCUUGUUUGGGUGAAGACACGCAUUCGCCUCCUCCCCAAGCAUACCAGGAUAUGGUCGCGACAUUUGCUCCUGAUGAGCGAAACGAGAAUUAUACAGCUUCUUCAGACUAUUAUCAAGCAACUGACAUAUAUCCUGAAAGGACACAUGACUUCAGUCCAAGUAAUAUCGGCCCAGACUAUUAUUGUUCAACACCGCCUUCGCGUUAG